AUGACCUUUAACACAAGUUAAAAUUAAAUUAUAAUUCAAUAAUAUUUAUGAAAGUUACUUAGUUCCAGUAAAUUUAAAAUAUGAGAGAAAUUACGCUUUUUUUAGUUUAUUUAAUACAAUUUACACAUGGAUUUAUCCUUCCUCCACAACCUGAUAAUGCAGCUUUGAUGGCAAGAUAUAUAAUUCACAAUACAGGUUGGGUUUCUUUGGGAACAAUUUCCACUCAAAAAAACAUAGUCGGAUAUCCCUUUAUAACUUUAAAAUCAUUCAGCGAUGGCAUGGCUGAAACUGGAACCGGCAUACCAUAUUUAUACAUGACGGAUAUGGAUGUAUCUGGAAAAGAUGUUAAGAUAAACAAUAAAGUAACAAUUAUGGCUUCAUUGGCAGAGGAAAAUUAUUGUUCAUUGAAAAAUUUUGAUCCGCAAGAUCCGAGAUGCGCCAAAGUUAUGAUAACUGGGAAAAUAAUUAAAGUCAACGAUAAAAUAGAAUAUGAAUUUGGCAAAAAAGCCUUAUUCGACAAACAUCCAUCCAUGAAAUCUUGGCCAAUAGAUCACAAAUUCUACGUUGCUAAAAUUGAUAUUUUUCAAAUAGAAGUAUUGGACUUCUUUGGAGGCAUUAAACAUGUUACAAAUGAGGAUUACUUUCAUCCAAAUGUAACUUUUCUUGAUUAUUUUCCUGAAGUUAAAAUUAUUGAUGUAAUAGCAUAGGUUUAGUAAACGACUUAAGGUGCGUACUAAAAUGGUCGCGUUAAAGCGCUUAUAGAUAAAGAACAUAACAUCGUCGCGUUUGCGGAAUAAAAAAAUACAACGUAUAAAACAUCGCCGUGUAUCAUUUGUAUUCAUAUUUUGCCGCUUUAUUUUAGCAUAGAACCGAUAAACAUAAUAAUGAAAUGCAUGCCUAUUCAGACUGGCGAAAAUAUCUUCCAGAGGUGUGUCCAAACUGGUUACUCAUUGGCGUUAUGUUACUGUGUUAUGUUCUCUGUCUGUUCGCGAGUGUUUGCGGUGGAUAACGAUAAAUUUAACGUAACAAAACUUUUGAUGUGACCACAAAAUACUAAAAAUUGGUUACACGUUCGUGUUACGUUAAUAUAUUCUGUUAUCUGCCUGUACUCGCCUUAAAAUGUAUACACAACAUUUAAACCAUUUGCUUUUAGUUUUUAUUUAACUUACUAAAAACUAAUAAAAACAUUAAUGUAUAGUAGCAUUCUAAACAACAAUUAUUUUUACCAGUACCAGAAAACAACGAUAUAGUUUCAGAACCCGACUAAAAAGAUGUUAUAUAAUUAUAUACAAUUAUAUAUAAUUGUAUA